AUGAUAAAACACACUUCUGUGGAUAAACAGAUAUGCCAGAAAUCUAAUUCAUUGAAAACAUCACCAUCAACUCCUUCCGGUAUGAAAAUUUGCAGACAAAAGGAAGUUCUCCUCGUGACAGCACAACUGAUAAUCCACAUUGGAGCAAUAACUAUCAUCAUCGCGAGCAUUAAAGUAACAUCUGAAGCGUUUCGGGAAGUUCUCUUUUCUCCUUUACUGCAAGGAGAUAAUUAUGGCGCCUGGGUUAGAGGAAUAACCAAAGCUUUGAAUGCUAAGGGAAAACUAGGUUUUGUCGAUGGUUCCUUACCACCUCCGGAGGAUGAUCUCACACAUCGCUGCUGGAAACGAUGCGAUGACUUAGUGGGAAGUUGGCUUCUGAAUUCUGUCCACCCAGACAUUCGUGCAAGUUGCUUAUAUGCAGCUUCUUCACAUGCAAUAUGGAAAGACUUCCAGGUGAGGUUAUGUAUCUCCAACGCUCCAAUUUUGUUUCGUUUGAAGUCUUCCAUAGCAUCAAUCAGGAAAGAGUCAAUGCCGGCGUCCCUUUACUAUACCAAAAUUAAAACUUUAUGGGACCAAUAUGAUUCACUUGUGGCUUCCACUGAAGCCUGUAUAUGUGGUGCUGGGAAACAUAUGAUAGAACGCCUCGAGAGAGAUCGAGCAAUGGAAUUCUUGCAGGGCUUGCAUGAAAGGUUUUCCAAUCUGCGAAGUCAGAUUCUCAUAAUGGAACCCUUUCCAACGGCUUUGCGCAUUUUUAAUCUUGUGCAACAAGAGGAGGAGCAACAACAUAUUACAGCCUCCCCACUGCCAGUAGUUGAUUCAGCUGCCCUUAAUACUUCUCGACACCUUCCAUCGUCUCGUCCUCCAGCUAGCCACAACAAGCGUCCUCGGCCUCACUGUGACUAUUGUAACAGACACGAACAUGUUAGAGAAAAGUGCUACCGCCUCCAUGGUUUCCAACUCCAAACAACACUCUGCCAGUUGCUGUUGCUGUUGCUACAGCAAUGCCGAGUGAAGCUCAGGCCAUUCAACCGGCGAUUCCAGGUCUUUCGCUGA